GCUCCAAGUCAAAUCCAGCUCACAAACCAGAGGGGCCACGCAGGAGGUGGCGGACUUGCAGGCAGGUUCCUCACCCAGUGGCCAUGGGCGGCAACAGUGGACAGCCGGACACUCACACUUACACAUCCCUAGCGGAGGAUGGCCCCUUUGGCCCUGGGGAGCUGCCCAAGAGGCCCACAGGCAGGCUCAUCAUGCACAGCAUGGCCAUGUUCGGCCGGGAAUUCUGCUAUGCAGUGGAGGCAGCCUACGUGACCCCCGUCCUGCUCAGCGUGGGCCUGCCCAAGAGCCUGUACAGCGUGGUGUGGCUCCUCAGCCCCAUCCUGGGAUUCCUGCUGCAGCCCGUGGUGGGAUCGGCCAGUGACUACUGCCGGGCCAGGUGGGGCCGGCGCAGACCCUACAUCCUCACCCUGGGCGUCAUGAUGCUCCUGGGCAUGGCUCUGUACCUCAACGGAGACACUGUAAUAUCAGCUUUGAUUGCUGACCCAAGGAAGAAGCUGAUUUGGGCCAUAACCAUCACCAUGAUGGGUGUGGUUCUCUUUGACUUUGCUGCUGACUUCAUUGAUGGGCCCAUCAAAGCCUACUUAUUUGAUGUCUGCUCUCAUCAGGACAAGGAGAGGGGUCUCCACUACCAUGCCCUCUUCACAGGUUUUGGAGGUGCCCUGGGUUACCUUUUGGGUGCCAUCGACUGGUCCCAUCUGAAACUGGGAAGAGUGCUGGGCACAGAAUUCCAGAUCAUGUUCUUCUUCUCCGGCUUGGUCCUCACCCUGUGUCUUAUUAUUCAUCUGUGCAGCAUCCCCGAAGCCCCACUUAGAGAUGUUGCAAAGGACAUUCUCCCCCAGCAGGCCCCCCAGGACUCCUCACUGUCAUCAGACAAGAUGUACGAGUAUGGGUCUAUUGAGAAGGCCAAAAACGGCUGUGUAAACCCAGAGCUGGUUAUGCAGGAAGGAAAACACAAAAUUCCCGCUGAACAGAUUCAGAGGACAAUGACCAUGAAGUCACUGCUGAGGGCACUGGUGAAUAUGCCUCCCCACUACCGCUGCCUUUGCGUCAGCCACCUCAUUGGAUGGACCGCCUUUCUCUCCAACAUGCUGUUUUUCACAGAUUUCAUGGGCCGGAUUGUGUACCAUGGGAAUCCCUACAGUGCACACAACUCCACAGAGUUUCUCAUCUACGAAAGAGGGGUCGAGGUUGGAUGUUGGGGCUUGUGCAUCAAUGCCAUGUUUUCCUCACUCUAUUCUUACUUCCAGAAAGCCCUGGUGUCCUACGUUGGAUUAAAGGGUCUUUACUUCAUGGGGUAUUUGCUGUUCGGCCUGGGGACAGGUCUUAUCGGGAUCUUCCCGAAUGUCUACUCCACCCUGGCGCUAUGCGCCUCGUUUGGCGUGAUGUCCAGCACCCUGUACACCGUGCCCUUUAACCUCAUGGCCGAGUACCACCGCGAGGAGCAGGAGGAGCAGAAGCAGCAGGCCCGGGCCGGGGGCCCAGACAGCAGCGGAAGAGGGCAGGGCCUGGACUGCGCCACCCUCACCUGCAUGGUACAGCUGGCUCAGAUUCUGGUCGGAGGGGGCCUGGGCUUUCUGGUCAACAUGGCUGGGAGCGUCGUCGUCGUCGUGAUCACGGCCUCUCUGGCAGCACUGAUUGGCUGUUGCUUCGUGGCUUUCUUUGUUAGAUAUGUGGAUUAGAUCAAUAAAGAGACUUUGUCCCUAACCUCA